UCUUGAAACUCUCUCAGACUUCCUUCAGAACCAGACGACAUCUCAUCGCAUAUUCACAUCUCUUGUUUCUAGAUCAGUUUCAAUUCAAGAGAUCAUCCGUUUAAGUCACUGAAAGUUGAAAACGUAGAACGAGAGACGAACAAUUCACAUGCUUUUUAAAUCACAUUGUCUGUUUACAACUCGUCUGUGCAGUGUGUUUGUUUCUCUUCCUUUUCCUAAUUUAGGGAAAUCCCUUGAAUUUUCGAAAUUUAUACCUGUUGAACAUUCAUGAAUCAUGUACAAUAUGUUCAAAAGUUUCUUGAAGAAAAAAUUCUAAAGAAAGAUUUUAGUUUCUCGUUAUCAGUGAUAAAUAGUGUCAGUUCAUCGGUUCAUUGUUGGAUUCUAUUUUUAAAAAAAUAAAAUAAAUAUUCUACUGAGUAGAAAACUGAAUUCUAAGCUAUAGAUAACAGUCAACUAUUUGCUAAAGUGAAAAAAAAAGAAAGAAAAAAGUAUUUUCGAAGAUAAUCUUGGAGACAGUCGACCAACACACGUUGCAAACUCAUAAUGGACGACGAGAAGUUAAGUAAUUCGUUAACAAAAAAAUGUCCCAGUGUAAAUGGCGAGAACGGAAAUGCCAAGGAAAUCGUUGACAAGCAUGCUAACAAGGAAGUCGAGUUGAAAGCUAAAAUGAGCCUCGUGAAUGGUGUGACUGUCAUAGUUGGGUCAAUCAUAGGUUCAGGAAUUUUCGUCAGUCCAACGGGUGUUCUGAAGUAUACCGGAUCAGUUAACAUGGCUUUGAUUGUAUGGAUUAUUUCAGGACUCUUCUCAAUGGUUGGUGCUUACUGCUAUAGUGAGUUGGGAACGAUGAUAAAAAAAUCUGGAGCCGAUUACGCAUACAUCAUGACGACCUUCGGACCAUUUGCCGCUUUUAUUCGAUUGUGGAUUGAAUGCAUGAUAGUUCGACCAUGUUCUCAAGCUAUUGUUGCUCUUACUUUCAGUGUCUAUGUAAUGAAGCCUUUCUUCCCUGAUUGCCAACCACCAGAAGACUCAGCAAGGAUGCUUGCAGUAUGUUGCAUUUUGGUGCUGACAUUCAUCAAUUGCUAUUCCGUCAAGUGGGCGACAAGUGUCCAAGAUGUUUUUACAUAUGCAAAACUGUUGGCUUUGUUUAUCAUCAUUGCCGUUGGUGCAUAUCUUUUAAUUCAAGGAAACGUCCAAUAUUUUACAUUUGAAGACACAAAAACUGAAGUUACAUCAUUAGCAUUGUCAUUUUAUUCGGGAUUAUUUGCAUAUAAUGGAUGGAACUACUUGAAUUUUAUCAUUGAAGAGCUUAAAGAUCCGGUCAAAAAUUUACCACGUGCUAUCGCAAUUUCACUCAUCUUAGUGACGAUCGUUUACUUGUUCACAAACAUUGCAUUUUACACAAUUCUUUCACCACAAGAAGUUUUGGGAAGUGAAGCUGUUGCUGUAACUUUCGCCAGCAAAUCUUUCGGUCCAUUUGCUUUUGCAAUUCCAAUUUUUGUUGCCCUCUCAACUUUCGGAGCUGUGAAUGGAAUAUUGUUAACAUCGUCACGUUUGUUCUAUGCAGGCGCAUGUGAAGGCCAGAUGCCGGAAAUUCUCACAAUGAUUCAGAUACAACGUCUCACCCCUGCACCAGCCGUCUUAGCAAUAUCUUUUCUGUCAAUGGCCUAUUUGUGUGUAUCUGAUAUCUUCGCUUUGAUUAAUUAUGUUGGCUUUGCGACAUGGCUUAGCAUUGGUGCGGCUGUUUUGUGUCUACCUUGGCUUCGUUACACUCAACCAAAUCUUGUUCGACCAAUCAAAGUUCCAAUGUUCUUUCCAGUGAUUUAUUUGCUUGCAACGGUCUUUGUCACUGUAGUUCCUAUGUAUGCAAGUCCCAAAGAAACCGGCUAUGGAAUGUUGAUGAUUCUUACAAGUAUCCCCGUAUAUUUUGUUCUUAUUGCCUGGAAAAAUAAGCCAAAAGCUUUCCAACAAACAAUGGGAGCUUUAAACCAAAAAUUGCAAAAAUUAUUGAUGGUGGUUCGACCAAAAUCUUCACAGUAAAUCUCACUCAAUUUCUACAAAAGCUGUUGGUUGUGGUAGGAAAAUCUGCUAAGCCCGCUCAGGUGUAAUUGUGUAAAUAUCAUCCACCACUGUCAACGAUACCGAAAGCAGAAAGGACAACAGCAUCAUUCAAAUAAUUAUUUAGCAUUUUUAUGACUUUAUUUUUUCUCUCUUGUCUAAUUCUUGGGGAUGUACCGAUGAUAUUGUAGCAUAAGAUUGUAUGAUUUAACGAUUAGAAGGCUGUUCAUGCAUUUAUGUACACUUAGUAAGAACGCAUUUUAUGCUAAAUAUGUUUGAUUGAUGAAUUUACUAUAAAAUAUUGUCAUCGGUGAAAAGUCUGAUAACGUUUGAAAAAGAGAAAAAGAAAUGAAAAGAAAAAAUAUUUUUAGAUAUCUGAGGAUCUUUUAUGAGACAUUUGAGGUUCUUUAUUAAUCAUUUCUUUUCUCUUUUUCGAAUCAAAAACUAACAGAUUUUUAAAGAAAAACAAUUAGGAAUCUCAAUAAUAAUGAAGACAAUAAUUUACAAAUAUUAUAUAUACAAAAUUUAGAAUUAUGUGUUAAAGAAGAUAUUUAACAUUUUAUCUGUUAAGAACGAAAAUACGAUAAAGUGAAUGGGGAAGUAAUAAUAUAUAAAGCACAUAUCAAGAUCUUUGAUGAAACAGUUGAAGAUGAGUUGAUAUCUGUUAACUUUGAAAUUAUAUUGUUGAGAGAUCAGUAUUUGAAAGCUUUUAUUUGUUGUUCAAUGGAAUGUUAAUGAUAUUGAUAUUGCCUAUACGUAUUAAAAUUUCUAUCAAUUUCCGGAAAAUCAACACCUUCAUAAUUUGUUGUCAAACUUAAAUACCAAAAAUAGAGCAUUAACUUGAUUCAUCUUGAUUGAACUUAGAUUGAUUAAAAUCAUUCAUGAACAAAUAGAUAUAAGUCUUCCUGAUUUUAAAUUUAUUUAAUUCAUAAUGAUUUUUCAUGUUGCAUAAUUUAAAAAUGAUCAAAUAUGUGUUCUGAGCAAGAAGGAUAAAUAUAAAUAUGUAAACCAUCAAUAAUAUUUACUUUGAUUUGUGUAUUACAAACCUUUUCAAGCUUUCAGAAAAAUAUAAAGUUUUCUUAUGAAAUUUCAUUUUAGAGAUCAUCA